AUGGACGUAAGCAGCUUUGAAAAGGAUAAACCGGAUACACUGUUUGAAGAUCUGAACACAGUUGCCGAGUGUCUGUUUUCUCUGGUCAACGGCGAUGACAUGUUUGCGACCUUCGCUCAAAUCCAGCAGAAGAGCAUCUUGGUGUGGCUGUUCAGUCGCCUGUACUUGUACUCCUUCAUCAGUCUUUUCAUAUAUAUGAUCCUCAGCCUGUUCAUCGCACUGAUUACAGAUUCCUACGACACCAUUAAGAAAUACCAACAGAAUGGGUUUCCUGAAACGGAUCUUCAGGAAUUCCUGAAGGAACGUAGUAGCAAAGAGAAGUAUCAGAAAGAGUCCUCAGCCUUCUUGUCGUGCGUCUGCUGCCUGAGGAGGAAAGGAAGUGAGGACCACUUGAUACCUGUCACCUAAAGUCCUUCUGCUAAAGAUAACCAAGUUUCAGGCCUAACUUUACCGAGUGACAAUGCAGAGGGACCCUGAACAACUUGGACCAGCACUCCUCAAAAUACUGAAUUAUUUAUUGGUGGAGCAGGAAAGAGGACUGUGAGCUGGUUGAACACAACUGAAGUUCCAAAGUUCCUUUUAUGAACUUGGAUGAUGAAGCAUAGACCGCAGUCAACCACUGGGCAUGAGUGCAAUAGAGCCAUGAUAAUGACAUUCCGCUUCGGACUUUAAUUUAUGACGUCACAGUGGUGGGAUGGAAAAAAGUAUCAAUUUCAGAGUGCGCAAAAACAAUGGCACUUGAAGCCACGCGUUGAAAGAUGCGUGUUUAUCAUCCAAUAAGUGUUUGUUUUAAAAGUGAUAAUUGGAUUCGAAGACAUUUGUUAAUUCAUGGUGUGCACAGCAAUGAGGUUGGUUGCAAUACUAAAUUAAAAAUUCCAAGCUGGAGAACUAGUAAGCCUUUUAAAGAGCACACUUACAUCAACAAAAAGACCACUUGUAGUGGACAUGUCUGGGCCUAUUUGUGUGUGUGUGUCAGCAUGACAGGAAGCAACUGUUGGCAUGGUCAGUGGGAUAAACUGGAAACAGUCAUUUGGAGACCUUGUCACUUGUGCUGAGUGUUGACAGUACCUGUGACAUGUGGAUGUGAACUGUAGCAGUGCUCACUCAUUGUAACAGUUGAACUCUACUAUGGUGGUGAUUUGCCCUCGUCAAGCAAAUAAAGAUGGUAUUU